AUGGCAGACAUCGAGCAAAAGCCGCUGCUGGACCUGGAGCACGGCGCCGAGGAGGAGUGGGACCGUGUGGACGCGCUGCCGCGCGACAUCCCCACCAUCACGGUGCAGCAGCUGAUCAGGCAGGACCCAGAUCACGUGCUGCACAACAUCAAGGCCGGCGUGGUCAAGGUCGUGGGUUGGUUGCCGAGGCGGAUGGCAGACGGCCGUGCAGGGACGGCGCGGCGCGGGCGGCGCGGCGGACCCGCCGCGGGCGCUGCGGGGAUCGCCGCGGGUGCAGCGGGGCGCGCGGCGAGGGGCGGUGCCGGCCCUGCGCGCGUGGGGCGCUGGGCAGGCGCGCAGGUCGCGCGGACCUCCGGCAUGCCCCAGCGCGCGCCGCCACGUCGCACGCGCUCGCGGCCGCGCUCCCGCUCCAAGCCCGCCGCGAGCGCGCACCGCGUCGCGCCCCCGCACGCCCCCUCUUCUCCGCAGCUCGGGGAGUUCAAGGUGCCGGACACUGUCCUGCUGCGGGCCCUGGACGACAGGCCCAUGAUUACGAUGGGGGCAGACAGCGCGCACAUAGACUACGAGGCCGCCUGGAGGGCGCGGCUGACAAAGCUGACGGGGCAGCCCGCGGCCAGGAGCGGCAAGCGGCCGGGCGCAGGCUGGUCGCGCAUGGUGACCGCGGAGGCGUUUGUGGUGCGGAUCCGCCACGCGGCGCGGCCGGACGAGGAGGGGCUUAUCCGGCCGCUGCUGAUGCGGUGGCAGGCGGGGGGCUGCCACUACUCGGUGUUCGGCCUGCCGGCGGUGCACGCGGUGCUGCAGUUCAAAUGGGACACCUUCUGCGGCCGCGCCCUGAUGGCCGAGCUGGUGUUCUUCCUGACGUGGCUCGUCAGCUUCUCGGUCUUCAUGCUGCUCUGGCAGGAUGAGGACAUGACCCUGAGCCUGCCCCAGCUUUGGAACACGCCCACCGGCAAGCCGCCUGCGUGCGCCGGCCCCUGA